AUUAUCCAGCCUGCUAAUCAAACAAAGCCACUGGAGCAGCAGACGAAUCAGAGUCAUGCUCAGACCCUGAACAGCACCAAUGUUCUUCUCUUCAAUCAGGCCAAACUGACCAGUCAGCCCCUGACAGCCGAGCAGCAGCAAUUACUACAACAGCAGCAGUCAAACCAGGCCGCUCAGCAACAUCAGCAGUUAUCACAGCAACCACAGCACCCCAUGAUGCACCUUCAGCAGCAGCAACAACAGAUGAUGCAGCUACAACACCACCAACAACAACAGCCACAGGCUGCUCAGCAACAAGGGUUCCCACAGUUGCCUCUACAGCAGCAGCAGUUCCUACAACAGCAGCAGCAGCAACAAAUGCACCAACAGCAGAUGUUUUCCCAGCAACAGCAGCAGCAUGUGUUCUCCCAGCAGCAGCUGCGACCUCAGCAGCCCUUACGGCCUGGACUACAGCAGUUGCAGCAGCAACAGCUGCUGCAACAACAGCUGCAGCAGUUGCAGCAGCAGCAAAGAAUGCAGAUGUUACAGCAGAAUCAACAGCAGAUGCACCAACAGCAUCUACAACAGCAGCAGCAGCACUUCAUGCAACAGCACCAUCAGAUGCAACAAAAGCAGCAUUUGCAGAACCAGCAUCAGAACCAGCAGGCCGUGCAGCAGCAGCAGACAGCUAUGCUGCAGCCACCGCUCCAGCAGCCUCCUCACGUCUCCCAGCUGUUUGGACACGAGCCGGGCCAAGAAAUUAGCGGUGAGCACAGUGCAUGUGAAGGGCCUUAAGGUGCACAUCUCAGGACUGUGGGAGGAGCUGGAGUACCUGGAAAGAACCCACACAGAUUCAGUGGUGGAUUCAAACUCGGAACCUUCUUGCUGUGAGGGAACAACUGCUUUGGUACAAUCAUUGUCUAUACCCAAACUUUGGCCCAUGAAGUUUUUAUUUCGAUGUGAUGACUUGAAAUGAGCCAAAUAUAAUUUUAUUAGGCCCUAAAUAAAGUAGCUGCAUGCUCUACCAGAAGCUGCUGCAGUCUUCAGGAAAUUUAGUACAAUGAUUUUCCAUACUGCUUUCUGCUCUCUGCUAUAACAACAUCUAAAUUGCUUAGACUCAGCUAGAGAUGCUUCAGGUUCUUUGUGGUGGGCUUGUUUAAGGGCCUGACAGAAUGAGUGUCACGUAUAAUAAUGAUAAUAAUAAUAAUUAAUAAUAGUAAUAAUUUAUAUAGCAUUCUUCACAGGAUAAGAACCACAAAGUGCUUCACAAUAAUAUAAAACAAUGUGCAAAAACAACACAAUCGAUCAUUUAGCACAAAUCUAAUUAAAGCCAGUCUAAAUAAAUGAGUCUUUAGCUUUUGUUUAAAAGAAUGAAUAUAAUCAAGGCAACGUAAAGAUGGAGGCAAAGCAUUCCACGUCUUGGGGGCCGCCGCUCUAAAAGACUGAUUUUGAUUAGCCUUUGAGAUGAUGAUGUCAGAGAUGUAGGCAGGAGCGUCACGACUCAGAGCUUUGAAAGUCAGUACUAAGAUUUUUUUUUUUUAA